AAGUGAAAUAGUGAACACAAACUGCCCUAGUGGUUUUCUCGCGCGAAUAAACGCAAUCGUCGUCUCCUUCCCUCCGGCGCAUCACUCUCUCGCUGAAACCAAACAGGCUCCGGUGGAUGUAAAGUCACAAAAAUUCCUGCGAAAGUGCUGCCGGCAUUGCGUCGGAGCUGGCAUUCCGUCUGCUGUUUCUUGUGCGGCAAUAACAUAUUUUCUCAUGAAAUAAAUAUCUUUCCCGCGCUGAUGUCUCCAUGGACUCGGUUAUUAAUGCCUCACUUGAAGAAAUUUGCUCGCAGCUUCAAAAUGGACUCCAACUUGCUGCGCUUUGGCCGAGACUUCAACCGGUUCUUUCAUCUUCGAACCUCGACCUCUCUUCUGGUGUCAAAAAAGCCAUAUGGACCAGCCUCUUGCGCAUUCCGACGCUCCGGUUUGAGGUUCAGAAUGAGGCUUGCAGUCCCGGCGACCCUUCAAUUCAGUCCUUUGAAGAUGCCGAGAAGCUUAAUUUAAAGAUUGUCUCUCAACGGAAUCUCAGAGACAACUUUCUUGGUCUUUACGAAUCAAAUUCUCUGGUUCCAAAUCAAAUGCGCAUCCUUGAGCUGCUUGCUAAUGCCAGAUCACAUGGAAUCACUCAAAGUCAACUUAGUAAGCAGCUGCGUAUUGAAGGAAAUAACUUACAUUAUGUAUUAAGGAGUCUUGAGUGCCAAGGGUUGAUUGUGAAGCAGUCUGCUCUUGAAAGAAAGAAAGAAACAUGUGCUGAUGGGGAGUUAAAAAAUUUGCCGUGUGUAUCUACCAAUUUAGUAUACUUACAUCGCUACGCAAAACAACUUGGCUCUCAUCAAAGAUUUGAAAUCACUACAGCAGGGCAGAAAUUGAAGAACCUAGAGGGUGCUAAUGGAAAUUCUAGUGGAGAGAUGGACAUCCACAUAAAGGACUAUGCACCUCAAAUGAAAGCUAUCUGUGGCAAACUAGGAAAGGCCAAUGGCAAGGUGCUUGUUGUGUCUGAUAUUAAGAGGGAUCUUGGUUAUUGUGGAUCUCCUUCGAAGCACAAGGCUUGGCGAGAAAUUUUGCACAGGUUGAAAGCAGAUAAUAUUGUGGAGCAGUUUGAUGCCAAAGUAAAUGGCAAGGUUGAGGCAUGCCUGCGGCUGCUUGAUCCAAGAGCCACUGGAUCUGAGAACGGAGACAAAAACUUGAACUCUGGGAAGAAAUGCCAAGUCAUGGAACAGUUUGUGGAGCUGCCUUUAGAGCAUCAAAUCUUUGACAUUAUUGAUACUUCAGGAUCAGAUGGCAUCAGUUUAAAAGAGAUCAGUGAGAGGCUUGGAAUUGACCUAAAGAAAAACCACAAUCGACUUCUAAACAUGUGCUAUAGAUUUGGAAUGAAAGUGCAGGAGGAACAAUGUCAAAAAUCAAAGACAAUUCGAGUUUGGACAUCUAGGAAUUUCAAUCCUGAACCAGAAGCUAUGCUUAUUCACAAGCCUGAUGAAAAUGUAGCUUUGGUCCCAAAUGUGGCCGACAGUUCUGCAAUCGUAAUUUCUGGAAAUGCUGAUCCAAUACCCAAUGGAGAUCCAGGUGGCCCUGGACAAUUGGAAGAUUCAGGAACUAAUGCCAAGCUUUCAUGUAGAUCUACUGGAAAUAUUGAACCUGAUAAUUUUGCCAGUCAGCAAGGGUUUGAUCCAAAAGGUUCAGCUUCUAACGGCACACGUGAUUUAGUCUGUGCUACAGCUGAAGGGAAUGUAGCACCAGCAAGAGCUCCGCCUCCUGAUGUUUCUAACAGCCUCUGUGAUUUAGUCUGUGCUACAGCUGAGGGGGUUGUAGCAUCAACAAGAACUUCACCUCCUGAUGUUUCAAAAUUAUUUUUCUCUGGACCAAAUCAAAGUUUUUCUUUCACUGUGAACAGCACUAAAAGGGCAAAAAGGAUACUUGAAAGAUUAGAGCAUGAAAAGUUCAUUUUGAGACCUGAAAUGCACAGGUGGCUCAAUAGCCUUGAGAAGGACAAGUGUGCCAAAAUGGAUAGGAAGACUAUUGAUCGAAUAUUGAAGAAACUUCAGGAACAUGGGCUUUGCAAAUUGAUCACAGUAUGUGUCCCUGUUGUUACUAAAUAUUCUGGGCAAAAACAAUGGGUAGUGGUUGUGCAUCCAUCCAUAACUCUCUGUCCUGAAUUAUUUGAUAAAAUUCGAGAUAGAGCGAGGUCAUUUGAUGGGUAUAUUCGCAGUCAAGGCACUUCUCAGAGAAAGGAUGAUGAAUCUAUACCUGUAAUGGAGGAUCUUCAGAAAAGUCAAAGUUCGAUAUUCCCAGAUGGACGACCUGGUAAAGCAGAAGCCAUGCGUGCUAAUGGAUUUGUGUUGGCAAAAAUGGUUCGGGCAAAGUUGCUUCACUGUUUUCUAUGGGAUUAUAUAAGUAGGUCAGCAAGCCAUAAUGAUGCUUCAUCAUCUGAAGAAUGGGUCAAUGAGCUAAAUAAUCCUCAUGGAAGCUGCAAAUUAUUUUCUCUGGAAGCUGCAAUUAAUGAGAUUCCACUUGAGCUAUUCUUACAAGUGGCUGGGUCCACACGAAAAUAUGAAGAAAUGAUUGAGAAGUGUAAGAUGAGUCUACGUCUUUGUGAUCUUUCUGCUGAGGAGUACAAGAGUCUGAUGGAUACUCAUGCAACUGGAAGGCUAUCAUUAGUUAUUGACAUUUUACGCCGGUUAAAGUUGAUUCGGAUUGCAACUGAUUUACAAUCUAGAGAUGGGGUCAUGACACCAUGUGCCUUUACUCACAUGAUGGAGCUUAGGCCUUACAUCGAGGAGCCCCUUUCAAAUGAUGCAUCAUCUCUCAGUUUCCUUUCUGUUGAUCUUCGACCAAGAAUCAGGCAUGAUUUUGUUUUGUCUAAUAGAGAUGCAGUUGAUGAAUAUUGGCAAACAUUGGAGUAUUGCUAUGCUGCUGCUGAUCAGAAAGCUGCUUCAUUUGCAUUCCCUGGAUCUGUGGUUCCUGAGGUUUACCGCUUCCGUUCAUGGGCCUCUACUCGCCUUAUGACAUCUGAACAACGUGGGGAGCUUUUGAAGUGUGUAAUGAAGAAUGAUUCAAGUGGAAAAAUUUCAUACAAGGAAUGUGAGAAGAUUGCUAAGGAUCUAAAUCUUACCUUGGAACAGGUACUCAGUAUGUACUCCAGCAAGCGUCGCUAUGGUCUGAAUCAGUCUAAAGACCAAGCAAAUGAGGAUAUAGGGAGUGAGAAUCUUUCACUAGGUCAAAAAGGUAGGUCAUCUCGCCAUCGGAAAAAAGGUUCUUCAGAGUCAAGGCUGGCAAAGCAUGCACGUAUAGAUUCAGCAACUGAUAUUGGGGGGAUUCACAGAGAAGAAGAUGCAAUGAGUAUUGAUUCAGGGGAGCAUGCAACUCAUAUGCAUGAGUUUAGGGAGGAUGAUCAUCAUGAAACUGACACUGAAGACUGUCAUUCCCUUAUUAACCAGUGUGUCUUGUCAAAAAUGAAGCCAAGACGGCAAAGAAGAUUCUUAUGGUCUGAUGAAACCGAUAGGCGCUUGGUGAUUCAAUAUGUUAAAAACCGUGCUGUUCUUGGUCCACACUAUCAUCGCACCUGUUGGGCUACACUUCCUGAUCUUCCAGCACCUCCUAGAACCUGUCAGAAAAGAAUGAUUUUUUUGAAUCGUAACUUAAGAUUCAGGAAAGCCGUGAUGAGACUUUGUAACUUGCUUGCUAAACGCUAUGCAAAACACCUGGAAGAGACUCAGAACAUGUCACUGAAGAAUGAUGAUUGCAGACAGCUUGUGCGAUGUCCAUCUAAGGAGGUUGUUAAUAAUUUUAGCCAUAGCAUUGAAACUCAAGCAACUAGUUUAAAUGGAGAAGCUUGGGAUGACUUUGAGAACGGAAGCAUCAAGAUAGCCUUUGAUGAGGUCCUUAGGUGCAAGAAGAUUGCUGAGUUGGAAGCCUCCGCUGAGAAAGAUAGAUCUAAAAAUGAAGGGUGGUCAGUUGCAAAUGCGCAUGCUGAAGGAUAUGAUUUUCAGGAAAAUGAAGCAACUCCGUCAGUCAUUCCUGGUGAGCUUAUCCAGAGCCAUGAUGGGAAGAACCGUGCAUUUCCCCCCCAAAGAUCACGUCGCCGUCGUCUUGAUAAAAAAUUAAUUAAGUUUUUAAAUCUUAGGGCCAAUGUUAACCAACAAGUGCAUGAAUCAUUGGCUGUUUCAAAUGCAGUGGAGCUAUUUAAGCUUGUUUUCUUAAGCACCUCAACAAACCCCCAGGCAUCAAGCCUGCUGGCUGACAUUCUCCGGCGUUAUUCUGAGCAUGAUCUAUUUGCUGCUUUCAACUACCUUAGGGAGAAGAAAAUUAUGAUUGGAGGAAAUGGAACUCAGCCUUUUGAGCUAUCACAACACUUUUUACAUGGUAUUUCCAAGUCGCCAUUUCCUUUUAACACUGGAAGGAGGGCUGUUAAAUUUUCUACUUGGCUCCAUGAAAGAGUUAAAGACCUCACCAGUGUAGGGGCAAACCUUGCAGAAGACCUACAGUGUGGAGACAUUUUUCAUUUGUUUGCUUUAGUUUCAUCAGGGGAACUUUCUAUUUCACCAUGCCUACCAGAUAAUGGUGUUGGAGAGGCUGAAGACUUGAGAAAUUCAAAACGUAAGGCAGAUGUUUGUGAGUCUUCGUCUGGUGAUAAAGCUAAGAAACUGAAGUCCAUAUUUGGGGUAGAAGGUGAAGUUAUUUCACGUCGGGAAAAGGGCUUCCCUGGUAUUGUAAUAUCUGCACACUGUGCAACAAUUUCAGGAGCAGAUACUAUAGAGUUGUUCAAGGAUAAAGAUACUCUAAUCGGUCGACAGCCUUUUGAGGGGAUUUUUCAACUAAACCAGGAACAAAGCUGUAAUUAUCCUCCUCCUGAACAUAUGCUGGAAAGUUUCAACUCAUGUGACACUGUAUCCAUAGAAGAAAAUGAUAGUGAAUCAUCUUGGGAUGCUAUGGCUGGCUAUGCAAGGCAAUUGAUGGUUCCCUCCAAUCAAGAACAGAACAGUGUAAUCUCUGCUGAGGUCUUCAGGGAUAUUUAUGCUGCCAUCCAGAAGGCUGGUGACCAAGGUUUGAGCAUGGAAGAAGUUUCUCGAAUUAUAAAUUUGCCAGGAGUAGAUGUAGAUGAAAUCAUUGUUGAUUCUCUAGAAGCAUUUGGACAAGCUUUUAAGGUCAAUGCUUAUGCUUCUGUUCGAGUUGUUGAUGUUUUAUACCGCUGCAAGUACUCUCUGACCACUGUGUCUGGUUUUCAUCCAUCUGUUCAACUACCUUCUUCAAUAAAGACCAUUGAGAAAAGUGAUGCUACACGCAAGCUUUACGAACCUGAGAAACAAGAUGGUAGUCAUGCUAAUUUGCUGAGGAAGAGAAACAACAGCUCUGGUCAAGUGCACAAAGUGACGAUUCUUAAUCUUCCAUGUGGGGAUGCGGAUUCUGAAAAUCAGACUUGCCAUAAGGAUAAAGGCCUUAUGCAAGACCAAGCUGUUUUGUCCAGAGCUGAGUAUGAGAAAGGAACAGCUGAAAUUUCUUCUGGUGGAUCACGUGUGCCAAUAUUGCCAUGGAUAAAUGGAGAUGGGACAGUGAACCAAGUUGUCUUAAAGGGACUAAGACGUCGUGUGCUUGGAAUUGUGAUGCAAAAUCCUGGGAUAUUGGAGGAUGCAAUUAUACAUCAAAUGCAAGUGCUGAAUCCACAGAGCUGUAGAUUUCUUCUGGACAUUAUGGUUCUGGAUAGACACCUUAUUGUAAGGAAGAUCCAGGAAAGUAGACCCGAUGGGCCCCCUUCCUUGCUUCAGAAUCUGUUCGGAAGCAAAUCCAGUCAAGAAAAGUUGAUUUGCCGCGACCACUUCUUUGCCAAUCCCAUGAGUAGUUCCUUAUUGUAGGCGAGCUCCGCCUUGGAACAAUCAAAGCCAAUGGGUUAAGCCAAAUAGUAUAUACUGUACAGUAUAUUCUGUAUAUUUGUUUUUCCCUUUUUAAAUAUAUACGAAACUUCUUUUAACUAUGCUUUUCAUAUUUUUUGACAAGGCUAUAGGUCAAAAGUCAUUAAUUAGCGUUUUUGGUGUUAUUUAUCAAUGGCAUAUUAAAAUUUAUAUACUUUUAUCUGGUGGUAGCCCUUUUAACUUAAA